AACCAGCGUACAUCGGUUCACAUUGUAACCAGGAACUGAUACGACAUAAACGCCCACUCAGAAGGAACACACAGUACACCAUAAAGAAAACAUGAGUGGAGGAACCGUCCCUGAAACAACCCGUGAUCCAAGGAUUGUUUAUCUUGGUCGUUAUGUCCAGAGGACACUAAAACUCAAACCUGAGAAGUGGAACAGACUUUUUGCAGUAGAGGAGUAUAGAACUGCUGUAAUGGAUUUCCUAGAUAAACCCGAGCCAUUGGUGCUCAUUAUACUACAGAACAAUGCAGCGCAGUUGUUGGCUGCUAACAGCUUUCCAGUUAGCUUGAAGAGCAAGGCUGUCUACUUUGUUAAGCGACAGAGAGGACCUGUGCCUAAGGAAGACAUUUCACAACACAUUAUUUUGGGAGACAUGGCAAUGAAGCCCAUUGAGCACCUGGCUGCUUUGGUGGAUGAGGUAUUUGUGCCACUGCUGUCAAACCCAGCCAAUCAGAGAAAAUGGCCUUCUGUAGUUGCACAGGAUAUACAAAAACAUGUGCACAGUUUGAAGAGCACAGUUUAUCAAGUGAAAGGUCAGGUGAGCGGUCAGACAGUGCUACCAAUGCCAGUUGGGGUGGAGCGAGUUCAUGAAGCAGAGCGUAUACUAAUUGAGAGUGAAGGUGAAAUCGUUGAUCUGUACUUGAAAAGUGCUACUGAAGGAGUUGUCAUCAAAUGGGCUACACAGAUUAAUGAUGUGCUUACAGAGGAAUCAAGUCAGGCAUUUGCUGGUGGUCAGAAUCCCACUCCCUAUGCAGAAAUCAACUUUUGGAACUCAAGGUUACGAAAUUUGGAAUAUAUCUAUCACCAGCUUCGUGAUGAACGCGUGAGGAAGAUGGCUGUUAUUCUGGAAAAAACAGAUAGUGCUUACUACCCAUGUUUCCGAACACAAUUUCAGAAUGUAGUUGCAGCACUGGCAGAGGCAAAAGAUAUAACACUGUACCUGAAGCCCCUCCUGCGCCACUUUGCAGCUCUAGAAGAAACAGACUUUGCUGAGAUCAAGCCUUGCCUCCAACCACUCAUGCAUGUUGUGUGUCUUGUAUGGGCAAACAGCCGGUAUUACUGCAACUCAGCGAAAAUUAUUGUGCUUCUACGACAGAUAUGCAAUCUUCUAAUUAAACAGGCAAAGCAUUUCUUGGACCCAGCUUCAAUUUUCCAAAGUGAUGUUGAUGAAGCCAAGCAGAGAGUUGAGGAAUCUAUAGACGCUCUACUUCUGUUCAGAAAAAUAUUUGACAACUGCAGAGAGAAUUUGGCUUCAUAUUUCAAGGACAAGGAACCAACACUGUGGACAUUUCAUCCCAAGAUUGUAUUUGAACGUUUCCAGAGAUUUGUUGAUCGUCUUGAAACAAUUAAGAGCUUCUUUCAUACCGUUUUGGAGUUCAUGAAGCUUGAAAAAAUAGAAAUUGGAGGGCUGAGGGGACGUCUUUUGAGUUCCAGAGUUGUAGCUGUGUUUGCAGAGUUCAGUGAACACUUGGCUUUGUUUGGAAGCAAGACAUAUGAUGCACUGGAUCCUGAGGAUCUCGCAUUUGAGACUGACUAUCAGGAUUUUCAAAGGAAGAUUAGAGACCUUGAUCGAAGACUUGCUUUUGUACUGUGUCAGGCUUUUGACGACUGCUGUAACCUUGAGAGUGUAUUUAAGCUUAUUGAAAUAGUUGGUUCUGUUUUGGAUCGGCCUAUCAUCAAAGACGAGUUCACUGGAAAAUAUGAUGCCAUUUUGGGUAUGCUGAAUGCAGAAUUAGUCACAGCAGAGGCUCUGUAUGAGGACCAGAUGGCCUCAUUAACAAAACAUGGAUGGAUGCCUGUAGACAAGAACAUGCCUCCAGUAGCUGGAGCUCUAAGAUGGGCAUACCAACUGCGUCAGAGAGUGACAGUUCCAGUCAGGAAUUUCAAGGCCCUUCAACACCCGAUUGUGACAUGUCCUGAAGCAGCAGUGGUGCUGGCGAAGUAUGAUUGUAUGAUGGAUUUAUUGAACAAAUUUGAGAAUGAGAUGUUUACCAGCUGGGCAGCAUCAGUGCCUGACCAAUGUGAGAAAAACUUGAAACUGUCACUUUUGACACGUAAAGCAGUUAAUAAUGAACUAGCUCUGAACUUUCAUCCCGAGCUGACAGCCAUCCUGCGUGAAGUUCACUACCUAAAUCUCGUGGAGCACACAGAUAUUCCAGAAGAAGCCAUUCAUAUAUAUGAACGUAGUGAGACCUUCAGAAAAUAUACUUCAAACCUCAAUCAGACUAUCCAGUGGUACAACAAAGUGCUUCGCCUGAGUCGCCCAGUGGAGUUUGCAUUGGUUGAGGAGAAAGUGCAGGAGAUUGAUGCAUUGGUAGAGCAGGGUCAAUCAAGCCUAAAUUGGAACUCUAUGGACUUAUGGGACUAUAUUGAGCGACUUCAUCAGCUAGUACAUUCUCUAGAAGCACGUGUACAACAGACACAAGAUAACAUAGAACGGAUUCGUAAUAUUAUGUCUGUCUGGAGCAAAGUUGCACUUUUUGAGCGCUCAGAUGGAAGGAAAGAUACAUUACUGUGUAUUGGAGAUCGGUCAGAGCAUGUACAGAGAAGGUACUCCGAGAUCAGCGCUGCAGCCAUAGAGAUCCACAGUCUUGUGCAACAAAACCUUGAGCUCUUUGGUAUGCAGCAGGCGGUAGAUUCCUCCCAUUGGCUUGACUAUGUUGGUUAUGUGGAUAAUAUCAUUUAUAAGUCCUUGCUUAGGACCAUCGGCUGCAGUUUGGGAUAUCUUGCAGAGAACAUGGACCAGAAUAAUGGGCUCGCACCGCUGUUUGAAGCACAGUUAGCACUUUGUGAACCAGAACUUGUGUUUAUACCAUCACUAGAUCCUGCUGCACCAGGGUGUUUUGCUAGUGUAGUAGAGGGUCUCAUUAAUGACAUUGUCAAGAUGGCAAGCUUGAUUCCUUGCAUUGCUCUUAGCCAUGAAACAGCCAGUUAUGAGGUUGAUAUGGAAAACAAUGAGGAUAUCAGAGAGAUGAAACGAGAAAUAUUAGACAGUGUACAGUCUGUAAUGCAAGAGGCUAAUGAAUUUAGUCAUAGUUUUGAGACCUACUCUUACUUGUGGUUGGAUGACCGUGAAUGCUAUAUGCAGCAGUUCUUGACAUAUGGACGUCAAUUGACUGCUGAUGAGCUUGAACUCAUUGCCUUAGAUGAUGGCAUGGCACCAAAACCUAAUCCGCCAAACAUGGAACUUUUCAGAGAACAGAUUGACAACUAUGAGAGUCUGUUUAUGGAGAUUGAGGAGAUGGAGUCAGUGCAUAUCUUCAGUGCAUGGUUUCAAGUAGACUUGAGGCCCUUUAGGCAAGCUCUCCUCAACACUGUUAGCAAAUGGGGCAACAUGUUCAAACAGCAUUUGGUGGAUCACGUAACUAGCAGCUUAUCAGAUCUUGCCAGCUUCAUUCGUGAGGCUGAUGAGGGGUUACAACAGCCUGUGAAAGAAGGAGACUAUGAACGUCUGGUGAAUGUGAUGGGCUACCUGAUGAAUGUCAAGGAGCGACAGCUUAUGACCGACGACAUGUUCGAACCACUGGAGCAAACUAUUGAGCUACUCAAGUUCUAUGACCAAGAGCUGCCUGAAGAAGUGAAUGUGCUGCUGCAGGAGCUGCCAGAGCAGUGGAACAAUACCAAGAAGAUAGCAGUAACUGUAAAACAGCAAGUGGCACCUUUGCAGGCUACAGAAGUUACUUGUAUACGUAAGAGGAUUGCAAAUUUUGAUGCACGACAGAAUCAGUAUCGUGAGAACUUUCGCAGAUUACCUGUGCUCAGGUUCGACUGUGAAUGCCCUUAUGAUCUGCUGGAUGACACGCAUUUGGAAAUUUCUGAGCUUGAAGAUGAAAUGGGAAGUAUUCAGGAUUCAGCUUCCCUCUUUGAAGUCAAUGUGCCAGAUUUUAAACAUAUCAAACAAUGUCGGAAAGAGCUUCGGAUGCUGAAGCAACUGUGGGAUUAUGUGCACAUCGUGCAAACAAACGUAGAAGACUGGAAGACAACACCCUGGAGAAAAGUUGACGUAGAAAACAUGGACAUUGAAUGCAAGAAAUUUGCAAAGGAAAUAAGAGCUAUGGAUAAGGAAAUGCGAUUAUGGGACACAUAUAUCACUCUGGAAGCCACAGUGAAAAACAUGCUCACUUCCCUGCGAGCUGUUGGUGAACUACAAAAUUCUGCCAUUAGAGAGCGACAUUGGCAGCAGCUGAUGAAGUCAUCAAAGAGUUUAGCUGCACUGCCACCAGAGCUCACUGUGAAAUUUGUUAUGGAUGAGUCCACAACGCUGGAAGCAUUGCUUGAGUUGAACCUGCAUGAAUGUGAGGAAGAGGUGAAGAAUAUCGUAGACAAAGCUGUGAAGGAGAUGUCAAUGGAAAAGUACUUACGAGAUUUGCAAAUCACGUGGUCUGUCAUGGAGUUUGAACAGGAAAUGCAUGCUCGAACUGGAUGCAGCCUUCUACGUGCUAGUGAAGAGCUAAUUGAAACUCUGGAAGACAAUCAGGUACAGCUGCAGAAUCUUAUCACAUCAAAGUUCAUUGCUCACUUCCUGGAGGAGGUUUCAGCAUGGCAGACAAAGUUGUGCCAUGCUGAUCAGGUGAUCACUAUGUGGUUUGAAGUACAGCGCACAUGGGCUCAUCUGGAAUCUAUCUUUAUGAGUUCUGAGGAUAUCAAGAUGCAGUUGCCUAAGGAUUCACAACGCUUCAAUAAAAUUGAUACAGAAUUUAAGAUGAUGAUGGAUGAAAUGAAAUUAACUCCAAAUGUUGUAGAGGCAACAAAUAAGCAUGGUCUGAGUCAGAAGCUUGAAGUACUUCAGAAGGAGUUAACAUUGUGUGAGAAAGCACUAGCUGAGUAUUUGGAAACGAAACGUCUCACAUUCCCUCGUUUCUACUUUGUGUCAUCUGCUGACCUCCUUGACAUUCUGUCCAACGGAAACCAGCCGAGGACUGUUGCGAGGCACCUCACCAAGCUGUUUGACUCCAUGGCACACCUAAAAUUCAAUACUGAUAAAAAUGGUGGAACGGAGAGAAUGGCACAAGGCAUGAUUGCCAAGGAUGGUGAAUAUGUGGAGUUCAACUAUGAGAGUGAUUGCAGUGGACCAGUAGAGGUGUGGUUAAAUCGUUUACAAGAUUCCAUGCGCACUUCCCUCUGCCAUUAUUUUGCUGAAGCUGUGGUGAGCUAUGAGGAGAAGCCUCGUGAGCAGUGGUUGUUUGACUACCCAGCACAGGUGUCCCUCUGUGGUACCCAGAUCUGGUGGACUACAGAAGUCAAUAUAGCCUUUUCACGUCUUGAGGAGGGUUAUGAAAAUGCCAUCAAAGACUACCAGAAGAAACAGGUAUCACAGCUAAGUACUCUAAUCACAUUAUUGCUUGGUGAACUCACUAAACAAGACAGGCAGAAAAUAAUGACCAUCUGCACCAUAGAUGUACAUUCCCGUGAUGUAGUGUACAAGUUCAUACAGAACAAAAUAGAAAGUGCUUCAGCAUUUCAGUGGCAGUCUCAGUUAAGACACAGGUGGGAUGAGAAGGAACGCGAUUGUUUUGCAAAUAUUUGUGACGCCCAGUUCCGCUAUAGUUACGAAUACCUGGGUAACACACCACGUCUGGUCAUCACUCCUCUUACUGACAGAUGCUACAUCACGCUUACACAGUCUCUACACCUGGUGAUGGGUGGAGGUCCAGCAGGCCCAGCAGGUACAGGCAAGACUGAGACGACCAAAGAUUUGGGUCGUGCCCUUGGUAUCACAGUUUAUGUCUUCAACUGCUCUGAACAGAUGGAUUACAAGUCGUGUGGCAACAUUUACAAGGGACUGGCGCAGACAGGGGCCUGGGGCUGUUUUGAUGAAUUCAAUAGGAUUACAGUAGAGGUUCUGUCUGUAGUGGCUGUGCAAGUGAAGUCUGUACAGGAUGCUAUACGAGAUAAGAAGACCACUUUCAACUUCAUGGGAGAGAACAUUGGACUGGUUCCAACAGUAGGCAUUUUCAUUACAAUGAACCCAGGCUAUGCAGGUCGCACUGAGCUGCCUGAGAAUCUGAAGGCUCUGUUCAGGCCAUGUGCCAUGUGUGUACCAGAUUUUGAACUCAUUUGUGAGAUUAUGUUGGUAGCAGAAGGAUUUCAAGAGGCUCGUGUCCUAGCACGAAAAUUCAUCACAUUGUACACUUUAUGCAAGGAAUUACUCUCUAAGCAAGAUCAUUAUGACUGGGGUCUGCGAGCCAUCAAGUCUGUGUUGGUUGUAGCUGGCUCUCUCAAGAGAGGUGAUCCUGGACGGCCAGAAGAAGAAGUGUUGAUGCGUGCGCUUAGAGAUUUUAACAUCCCUAAGGUUGUGACUGAUGAUGUCCCAGUGUUCAUGGGUCUUAUUGGUGACCUAUUUCCUGCAUUAGACGUGCCAAGAAAGCGAGACCAGGAAUUUGAGAGGACUGUGAAACAAGCAGCUAUUGACUUAUCACUGCAACCUGAAGACAAUUUUAUAUUAAAGGUGGUGCAACUGGAAGAACUCCUGGAAGUGCGACACUCUGUCUUUGUUGUGGGAAAUGCUGGGACUGGUAAGACACAAGUUUGGAAGACUUUAUUCCGAGCCUAUCAAAAUAUGAAGCGCAAACCAGUCUUCAAUGACCUGAAUCCAAAAGCUGUUACCAAUGAUGAACUCUUUGGAAUCAUCAAUCCUAAUACUCGUGAAUGGAAGGAUGGUCUCUUCUCUGUAAUAAUGAGAGAUCAAGCAAAUCUUGGAGGUGAUAAUCCAAAAUGGAUUAUUCUGGAUGGUGACAUUGACCCCAUGUGGAUUGAAUCUCUGAACACAGUCAUGGAUGAUAACAAGAUUCUGACCCUUGCCAGCAAUGAGAGGAUAGCCCUUACUCCUGUAAUGAGGCUGCUGUUUGAGAUCUCAAACCUGCGUACAGCUACCCCAGCAACCGUGUCUCGGGCUGGAAUACUCUACAUAAACCCCCAAGAUCUUGGAUGGAACCCAUAUGUGUCAAGCUGGCUUGAAACAAGAGUGAAUUCUACAGAGAGGUCUAACCUUGUAAUGCUUUUUGACAAAUACAUCCCUUCCUGUCUUGAAAAUAUGAGAGUACGCUUUAAGAAAAUAACUCCUAUCACUGAGAUGGCGCAUAUACAAAUGUUGUGUCAUUUACUUCAUUGCCUUCUUACACCAGCAAAUACACCUCCAGAUUGUCCAAAGGAGUGGUAUGAAAUUUACUUUGUGUUUGCCUGUGUAUGGGCAUUUGGAGCAGCAAUGUUUCAAGACCAGGCCAUUGACCACCGUGUGGAAUUCACCAAGUGGUGGGUCACUGAGUUCAAGACUGUCAAGUUUCCAGCCCAAGGCACUGUAUUUGACUACUAUAUUGAUACAGAAACUAAAGAGUUCUUGCUUUGGACCGAACAGCUUCCUGUCUUCACACUUGAUCCAGAUAUGCCAUUGCAGGCAGCAUUGGUCCACACUUCAGAAUCUAUUAGAGUGCGUUUCUUCUUAGACUUGCUGAUGGAACAGAGACAUCCAGUGAUGCUGGUGGGUAAUGCUGGUGUGGGGAAGACAGUAUUGGUCUGUGGAAAACUGUCAUCAUUGUCUGAAAAUUAUGCAGUUGCCAAUGUGCCAUUUAAUUUCUAUACUACAUCAGAAAUGCUACAGAAGAUUUUGGAGAAGCCACUAGAGAAGAAAGCAGGCAGGAAUUAUGGUCCACCUGGUAACAAGACUCUUGUGUACUUCAUUGAUGACAUGAAUAUGCCAGAGGUAGACUUCUAUGGAACUGUGCAGCCUCACACGCUGAUUCGUCAGCACCUUGACUACAGUCAUUGGUAUGAUCGUAAUAAACUGACACUUAAAGACAUUCAUAAGUGUCAGUAUGUGGCCUGCAUGAAUCCAACAGCUGGUAGCUUCACAAUCAAUCCACGUCUUCAACGCCACUUCUGUGUAUUUGCAGUCAGCUUUCCUGGAACAGAGGGAGUUAACACCAUUUACCACUCCAUACUGUCGCAGCAUAUGUCCAACCCAGAGUACAGGUUUCCCAUGUCAGUGCUGAAGCUGACACCCAACAUUGUUGCAGCAUCACUUGCUUUGCAUCACAAAGUAACUCAAGUGUUCCUUCCCACUGCCAUCAAGUUUCAUUACAUCUUCAAUCUCAGAGACUUGUCCAAUAUUUUCCAGGGGUUGCUGUUCAGCACUAAUGAUUGUCUGCCUCAGCCAACUGACUUUGUGAGACUCUGGACGCAUGAAUCACAGCGUGUUUAUGGUGACAAGCUUGUAGACGAGAAAGACAUUGAAACGUACAAUAAAAUACAAGUUGACAUAGUGAAAAAGAACUUUGAGGAGAUGGAUGAGUCUUUAUUGGCAGAGAAGCCCAAUAUAUACUGCCAUUUUGCACAGGGCAUUGGUGAGCCCAAAUACAUGAAAGUGAAGGACUGGGAGUCUUUAGCAGUGCUUCUUCAGGAUGCCCUUAUGAGCUACAAUGAUCUGGUGGCUGCCAUCAACCUGGUGCUGUUUGAAGAUGCCAUGAUGCAUGUCUGCAGAAUUAAUCGCAUCCUGGAGUCUCCCCGAGGAAGUGCACUACUGGUCGGUGUAGGUGGAUCUGGAAAACAAUCAUUGGCAAGACUUGCCGCUUUCAUAUCCAGCCUUGAGGUGUCACAGAUCCAGCUACGCAAAGGCUAUGGAAUUCCAGAUUUGAAAAAUGAACUGUCUGGUCUUUACCUGAAAGCAGGCUUAAAGAAUGUUGGGAUUGUGUUCCUGAUGACAGAUGCACAAGUACCAAAUGAACACUUCCUGGUUCUUAUUAAUGAUAUGCUAGCAUCUGGUGAAGUGCCUGAUUUGUUUGGAGAUGAUGAUGUUGAAAAUAUUAUUGCAGGUGUCCGGAAUGAGGUGAAAGGAGCUGGUAUGUUAGACACACGGGAGAACUGCUGGAAGUUCUUCAUAGACCGUGUCCGUCGCCAGUUGAAAGUAGUACUAUGUUUUUCCCCUGUUGGCUCCACCUUGCGUGUACGUGCUCGAAAAUUUCCUGCCAUCAUCAACUGCACAGCUAUAAACUGGUUCCAUGAAUGGCCUCAAGAGGCUCUUGUAUCUGUAUCAAAGCGUUUUCUGGAAGAGUUGGAUGUCUUACCUGAAUGCUACCGUGAUUCAGUGGCACGUUUCAUGGGGCUUGUUCACAUGUCUGUCAACUCCACCUCUCGGCUGUACCUUCAGAAUGAGCGACGCUACAAUUACACUACACCUAAAUCAUUUCUUGAACAAAUAAGUCUCUAUUCCAAAUUGCUUCGUCAGAAGAGUUCUGAGCUCACAGGCAAGGUGUUGCGCUUGGAGAAUGGAUUGGAUAAACUUCGCAGCACUGCAGAGCAGGUUGAGGAUUUGAAGGCCAAACUUGCAGUUCAGGAAGUGGAGCUGAAACAGAAGAAUGAAGCAGCAGAUGCACUUAUUGAAAUUGUCAGAGUUGAAACAGAGAAAGUGUCCACAGAAAAAGCAAUAGCGGAUGAGGAAGAGUGCAAAGUGGGACUUAUAGCUGAGGAAGUAAGCAAGAAACAAAAAGACUGUGAGGAAGACUUGGCAAAGGCAGAACCUGCUCUCACAGCUGCACAGCAAGCCCUCAACACCCUGAACAAGGGCAACUUGACUGAACUGAAGUCAUUUGGGUCACCGCCAGGUGCUGUAACAAACGUCACUGCUGCUGUAAUGGUUUUGCUAGCUCCAAAUGGCAAGAUUCCAAAGGAUCGCAGUUGGAAGGCUGCAAAGCUAAUGAUGGCUAGAGUGGAUUCAUUCCUUGAUUCACUUAUCAAAUAUGACAAAGAAAACAUACAUCCUGAAGUUAUAAAGGCAAUCCAGCCAUACCUGAAGGACUCAGAGUUUGAUCCUGAGUUUGUUCGCACCAAGUCAGGUGCUGCUGCAGGUCUCUGUGCAUGGGUAAUAAACAUCAUCAAGUUCUAUGAAGUUUACUGUGAUGUUGAGCCUAAGCGCCAAGCACUGGCUGAAGCGAAUGCAGAGCUUGCUGUAGCACAAGAAAAGUUGAGCAUAAUCAAGCAAAAAGUUGUUUCAUUAGAGGAGCAGCUAGCCAAGCUGACAUCUGACUUUGAACAAGCAACUGCUGAGAAGCUGCUCUGUCAACAGGAAGCAGAUGCAACUAACGCAACGAUCCAGUUAGCAAACCGUCUAGUUGGAGGCCUGGCCUCAGAAAAUGUCCGAUGGGCAGAGUCUGUUGCUAAUUACAGGCUGCAAGGCAACAUGUUACCAGGUGACGUCCUUGUGGUAACUGCUUUCAUCUCUUAUGUAGGCUGCUUCACCAAGCAGUUUCGACUAGACUUGCUCAACAAGAUGUGGCUACCCAGCCUCAGAAGUCUGGAACCACCAGUACCAAUCACAGAGGGACUGGACCCACUAUCACUGCUAACAGAUGAUGCUCAGAUAGCAGUAUGGAACAAUGAAGGUCUGCCAAGUGACAGGAUGUCCACAGAAAAUGCUACCAUUCUUUCCAAUUCUGAUCGUUGGCCACUCAUGAUUGAUCCACAGCUACAAGGAGUCAAGUGGAUAAAGCAGAAAUAUGUUGAUACUCUGAAAGUGAUACGCUUGGGUCAGCGUGGCUAUCUGGAUGUUAUUGAGCAGUCUAUCAUUAGUGGUGCAACUGUUCUUCUGGAAAAUAUUGAGGAAAAUGUUGAUCCUGUGCUAGACCCAUUACUUGGCCGCAAUCUCAUCAAGAAGGGCAGAGCCAUUAAGAUAGGAGACAAAGAAGUGGAGUACAAUCCAAAUUUCCAAUUAAUUUUGCAAACAAAGUUGGCAAAUCCUCAUUAUAAACCAGAAAUGCAGGCCCAGACCACACUAAUAAAUUUUACUGUGACUCGAGAUGGAUUAGAGGAUCAGCUAUUAGCAGAAGUGGUGAAGGCAGAACGACCAGAUUUAGAGGAACUCAAGGCAGAACUUACUAAGCAGCAGAAUGAUUUCAAAAUCAUGCUCAAGACACUGGAAGAUGAUCUGCUGUCGAGACUCUCCUCUGCAGGAGCAAACAUCCUAGGAGAUACAGCACGUGGAAACUUGGAAACUACCAAACGUACAGCAGCAGAAACAGAACAGAAAGUAGCAGAAGCUAAGAUUACAUCAACCAAAAUUGACCAAGCUCGAGAGCUGUAUCGACCUGCUGCUGCACGUGCCUCACUGCUGUACUUCAUCCUCAACGAUCUUAACACCAUAAACCCCAUCUAUCAAUUCUCUCUUAAGGCAUUUAGUGUGGUUUUCCAAAAGGCAAUUGAAAAGGCAGUGCCUGCUGAAGAUGUAUCAACAAGAGUUGUUAACCUUAUAGACUGCAUCACAUACUCUGUUUUCAUGUACACGUCUCGAGGAUUGUUUGAACGAGACAAACUUAUAUUCUCUUCACAGAUGACCUUCCAGAUUUUGCUUAUGAAUGAGGAGAUCAUGUCAUCUGAUCUGGAUUUCCUUUUGAGGUUUCCACUCCAGCCGCAUGUUGUCAGCCCUGUUGACUUUUUAUCUAACAGCAGCUGGGGUGGUAUUUGCAGUCUAUCUGCAAAAGAUGAAUUCAGAAACCUAGACAGGGAUAUUGAGAUGUCACCAAAGCGAUGGAAGAAGCUUAUUAAGUCAGACUGUCCAGAACGAGAAAAGUUUCCUCAGGAAUGGAAGAACAAGACACCACUCCAAAGACUGUGCAUGAUGCGUGCAUUGCGACCUGACAGAAUGAAUUAUGCAAUUGCAGCAUUCAUAGAAGAGAAACUCGGAGCUAAGUAUGUUGAAGCCCGGACAGUAGAGUUUUCUAAGUCAUUUGAGGAAGCAAGCCCAUCUACACCCAUCUUUUUCAUCCUGUCUCCUGGUGUGAACCCCCUGAAGGAUGUGGAAGACUUAGGGAAGAAGCUGGGCGUCACUCUGGGUAACGGCAACUUCCAUAAUGUGUCGCUAGGACAAGGGCAGGAGGUGGUGGCAGAACAAGCUAUGGACACAGCAGCUGGACAGGGACACUGGGUGGUGCUGCAGAAUAUUCAUUUGGUCAAGAAGUGGUUGCCAGCACUGGAGAAGAAGUUGGAGCAUUACAGUCAGGGUUCCCAUCCAGACUAUCGUGUGUUUAUGAGCGCAGAACCUGCAGCCACUCCUGCAGCCCAUAUAAUUCCACAGGGAAUCUUAGAAUCUUCAAUUAAGAUAACCAAUGAGCCACCAACAGGUAUGCAGGCAAACCUUCAUAAAGCUCUGGAUAACUUCAACCAAGAAGCCCUUGAAAUGUGCAGCAAGGAGGCAGAAUUCAAAGCUAUCCUGUUCUCUCUCUGUUAUUUCCAUGCAGUUGUGGCAGAGCGCAGAAAGUUUGGACCUCAAGGAUGGAAUAAGAUAUACCCAUUUAAUGUAGGUGACCUGAACAUCAGUGUCAGUGUUCUGUACAACUAUCUGGAGGCAAAUUCCAAGGUUCCAUGGGAAGACCUGAGGUAUUUGUUUGGUGAAAUUAUGUACGGUGGCCACAUUACUGAUGACUGGGACCGACGGCUCUGCAUCUCAUAUCUGGAGGAACUCAUGCAACCUGAACUGGUUGAUGGGGAACUGACGUUGGCUCCUGGUUUCCCAGCACCUCCAAACACUGAUUACAUAGGAUACCAUGCGUACAUAGAUGAGAUGAUGCCUCCAGAAUCACCAUACUUGUAUGGAUUGCAUCCAAAUGCAGAAAUUGGUUUUCUCACCACCACCUCUGAGAACCUGUUUCGGACAGUGUUCGAGAUGCAGCCACGUGAUGCUGGAGCUUCAGGUGGAGCCACUGUCACUCCAGAAGAGAAGGUAAAACAAAUUGUUGAUGAAAUAUUAGAGAAGCUACCUGAUGAUUUCAACAUGUUGGAGAUAAUGAACAAGGUAGAGGAGCGAACACCUUAUGUCAUUGUUGCUUUCCAAGAGUGUGAGCGUAUGAACUACUUGACAGGAGAGAUGAAGCGCUCACUGAAGGAACUGGAUCUUGGACUCAAAGGGGAACUGACGAUUACUGGUGACAUGGAGGAACUGCAGAAUGCUCUCUUCCUUGACCAAGUACCUCGCAUAUGGACCCAACGAGCAUACCCAUCUCUCCAGGGUCUCAGUGCCUGGUUUGCUGACCUCCUCCUAAGACUAAGAGAACUGGAGACCUGGUCUACAGAUUUUGUGCUACCAUCAUCUGUUUGGUUAUCAGGUUUCUUUAACCCGCAGUCCUUCCUGACUGCUAUUAUGCAGUCCACAGCCCGCAAGAAUGAGCUGCCUCUGGACAAAAUGUGCCUCCAGUGUGAUGUAACCAAGAAGCAUAAAGAAGACUUCUCAUCAGCACCACGUGAAGGUGCCUAUGUUCAUGGUCUUUUUAUGGAAGGAGCUAGGUGGGACAUUCAACAAGGCAUCAUUAUGGAAUCCAGACUAAAGGAGCUCUUUCCUACCAUGCCUGUUGUCAACAUUAGGGCCAUCACCCAGGAUAAACAAGACAUGCGCAACAUGUAUGAAUGCCCUGUGUAUAAAACACGUACACGGGGCCCUACUUAUGUGUGGACAUUCAACCUCAAAUCCAAAGACAAGCCUGCAAAGUGGACAUUGGCUGGCGUGGCCUUGCUCCUACAGGUUUAAAUGAAAGUAUGGGAAUUAGGAGCGCAUUUACCUCUUUCAUCACCACAAUUUUGAAGAAGCAAAGUCCACUUCAUUCUUGGUCAAUACAUUAACUAUCAACACAUUUUCAAAAUUAUAUUAGGGUUACAAGAGGAACUUGCCAUAACAAAAUUUCAAAUAUGCUAAGCUGUCUUAGAUUCCAAAAAUUUGCUAGCUAGUUUAAUAGUUUCAAAUAGCCUGUCAUAUUGCCUCCUAAUCUAGCCUAUGUAAUCUCACAUUGUACCCAUGGACAGUGCCCCAGUGUUUGGAGGAUGCAUGCUAGUCGGAGUAAAGGCAGAGAAGCAAGAUAAUUAAAAUCUUUAUAAAAGACAUCUUGACUGUUACAUCAUCUUAACACACAAAAAAUAGAACUUCAUCAAGUGUAACUAAUUUAAUAGUUAAAAUCUUUCUGCCUUGUAGGACAAUUAAAAUCUUCAGUGUUCAACUUUUUCUUUCUUCUUUAGUAGUAUUCAGCUCAAUAUAAAAUAUUUGAAAGCUGGAUCCAAAAUGUUAAAGUAUGUAUAAUAUUAACAGAUCUAUAUUUUGUUAUUCAAAAUGUUCAUUGAAAGCAGAGUUUAAUAAGUUAAAACACAUAAAAUGUCUUUUUGCCUGUAGACUGUUAAUAAUAAUUCAAGAAAACAAAAAAAAAAUGUAUUAUUCUCCCUUACUCUGUUUCAACCCUUCAAUGCUGCAGAACAUUUAAUUCCACCUCAACCCUGGGGAUGGAGGAUAUUUAAUCAUGAAAACCCGAAAAUGCAAGAUUUCACUUAAACUGUAAUAAUUGGAGGGAAACUGUUUUGUUUCCCCCCCCCCCUAAUUUAACACUGCAUUCAGGAAAAGUAUAUGGAAUCGGAGUAUUGAUCUACACUACUUCAAAAUUAUUUUUAGCAUACUAAAAGUACAG